AAUCGGUCCCCGCGCGGGGUCCGCGGAGAAUUGAUGGAGUCAGCCGGGGGAAUGGAGCCUGCCGGGGCCGCUGCGGCCUCGGCCUCGGCCUCGAAGAAGGCCAAAGAGGGGUCGAAGAGCCGCAGUCGCCGGCGGUGGCGAAAAGGCAAGGCCAAAGCCUCAAGGCUCAUACACAGCAUGGACCUGCGCACAAUGACACAGUCGCUGGUGACUCUGGCAGAGGACAACAUGGCCUUCUUCUCCAGCCAGGGCCCUGGGGAGACAGCGCAGAGGCUGUCGAGUGUCUUUGCCGGUGUGCGGGAGCAAGCGCUGGGGCUGGAGCCGGCCCUGGUCUGCCUACUGAGCGUGGCUCACCUCUUUGACCUGGAUGCAGAGACACCAGCCAAUGGAUUCCGCAGCCUGGUGCACACAGCCCGCUGCUGCCUGGCACAUCUACUGCACAAAUCCCGCUAUGUGGCCUCCAACCGCCGCAGCAUCUUCUUCCGCACCAGCCACAAUCUGGCCGAACUGGAGGCCUACCUGGCUGCCCUCACCCAGCUCCGCGCGCUGACCUACUAUGCCCAGCGCCUGCUGGCCACCAACCAGCCUGGGCGGCUCUUCUUCGAGGGCGACGAGGGGCUCACCGCUGACUUCCUGCGGGAGUAUGUCACUCUGCAUAAGGGAUGCUUCUAUGGCCGCUGCCUGGGCUUCCAGUUUACACCUGCCAUCCGGCCAUUCCUGCAGACCAUCUCCAUCGGGCUGGUGUCCUUUGGGGAGCACUACAAACGCAAUGAGACAGGCCUAGGUGUGACUGCCAGCUCCCUCUUCACCAGUGGCCGCUUUGCCAUUGACCCAGAGCUACGUGGGGCCGAGUUUGAGCGGGUCAUACAGAACCUCGACGUGCACUUCUGGAAAGCCUUCUGGAAUAUCACUGAGAUUGAGGUGCUAUCGUCUCUGGCCAACAUGGCGUCAGCCACCGUGAAAGUAAGCCGCCUGCUCAGCCUGCCGCCCAAGGCCUUUGAGAUGCCGCUGAUUGCCGACCCCACACUCACAGUCACCAUCUCACCCCCACUGGCCCACACAGGACCCGGGCCUGUCCUCGUCAGGCUCAUCUCCUAUGACCUUCGUGAAGGACAGGACAGUGAGGAACUCAGCAGCCUGGUGAAGGCCGAGGGCCAGCGGAGCCUGGAGCUGUGGCCGCGCCCCCAUCAGGUGCCCCGCUCGAGGGCCCUGGUAAUACACUUCCACGGCGGCGGCUUUGUGGCCCAGACCUCCAAAUCCCACGAACCUUACCUCAAGAGCUGGGCCCAGGAGCUGGGCGCCCCCAUCGUCUCUAUUGACUACUCCCUGGCCCCUGAGGCUCCCUUCCCCCGCGCGCUGGAGGAGUGCUUCUUUGCCUACUGCUGGGCCAUCAAGAACUGUGCCCUCCUUGGCUCAACAGGGGAACGAAUAUGCCUUGCUGGGGACAGUGCAGGUGGGAACCUCUGCUUCACUGUGUCCCUUCGAGCAGCAGCCUAUGGGAUACGGGUGCCAGAUGGCAUCAUGGCAGCCUACCCAGCCACAAUGCUGCAGUCUGCCGCCUCUCCCUCUCGCCUUCUGAGCCUCAUGGACCCCCUGCUGCCCCUCAGCGUGCUCUCUAAAUGUGUCAGCGCCUAUGCGGGUGCAGAGACAGAGGACCACUCCAACUCAGACCAGAAGGCACUGGGUAUGAUGGGACUGGUUCGGCGGGACACAGCCCUGCUCCUUCGAGACCUCCGCCUGGGCGCAUCCUCGUGGCUCAACUCCUUCCUGGAGUUGAGCGGGCGCAAGUCCCAAAAGACAUCAGAGCCCAUGGCAGAGCCAAUGCGCCGCAGCGUGUCUGAAGCAGCGCUGGCCCAGCCUGAGGGCCCACUGGGCACAGACUCCCUCAAGAACCUGACCCUGAAGGACUUGAGCCUGAGAGGCAGCUCAGAGACGUCAGGCACCCCUGAGAUGUCGCUGUCAGCUGAGACACUUGGCCCCUCCACGCACUCCGAUGUCAACUUCUUAUUGCGGCCUGAGGAUGCACCGGAGGAGGCUGUGGCUGGAAAUGAGCUGAGCACCAAGGACAGAGGUCCUGGCGUGCAAGCCACCUUCCCCACGGGUUUCCACCCUCGGCGCUCGAGCCAGGCUGCCACACAGAUGCCCCUGUACUCCUCGCCCAUCGUCAAGAACCCCUUCAUGUCGCCACUGCUGGCACCCGACAGCAUGCUGAAGGGCCUGCCACCCGUGCACAUCGUGGUGAGCACCAGACAGGGACGGGGUACCCCAUGA